ACGCUGCGCCUGCGCUAGAACGGCUGCCUCGCUCCCGGAAGUGGAGGGUCUACACGCAGAGCGCCGCUGGGUCUGGGUGCCCGGAGGCAGAAGUGCUCUCGGAGCUUCUCCGUCGGUCCCCGACCGCCAUGUCGUCUUUCGACACCAACCCCUUCGCGGACCCAGUGGACGUAAACCCCUUCCAGGAUCCCUCUGUGACCCAGCUGACCAGUGCGCCACAGGGAGGCCUGGCUGAAUUCAACCCCUUCUCCGAGACAAAUGCGGCGACAACGGUUCCUGUCACACAGCACCCUGGGCCCUCGCAGCCGGCAGUUCUCCAGCCCUCAGUGGAGCCAACACAGCCAACCCCCCAGCUCCUGCUUAGACAGGCCAGCAAGUUCCUGCCUACCAGAUUCCUGGCAGUGAGCGAGCUCUCAGAGAGGCAGAUGCUACUAGGAGGAGAUAGUAUUCUCAGAGACGGCUACAUGCGAAACCUUCCGAAGGCUGUGGCCUCUGCAGCCCAGGCAAGCCUGCUCCGGCAGCAGGAAGAACUGGACAGGAAAGCAGCUGAGCUGGAACGCAAGGAGCGGGAGCUGCAGAGCACUGUAACCAACUUACACAUGAGAGAGAACAACUGGCCGCCCCUGCCCGUGUGGUGCCCUGUCAAGCCCUGCUUCUAUCAGGAUUUCUCCACAGAGAUCCCUGCCGACUACCAGCGGAUAUGCAAGAUGCUCUACUAUCUCUGGAUGUUGCAUUCAGUGACCCUGUUUUUGAACCUGCUUGCCUGCCUGGCCUGGUUCUUAGUCGACACCUCCAAGGGAGUAGACUUUGGCCUCUCGAUCUUGUGGUUUGUGAUCUUCACCCCCUGUGCCUUCCUUUGUUGGUACCGACCCGUCUACAAGGCUUUUAGGUCUGACAACUCUUUCAGCUUCUUCGUGUUCUUCUUUGUAUUCUUUUGUCAAAUAGGGAUCUACAUCAUCCAGUUGAUCGGCAUCCCUAGCUUGGGGGACAGUGGUUGGAUCGCAGCCCUGUCUAUACUGAAGCAAGACUUGGCUGUGUCGAUCAUCAUGAUGGUGGUGGCUGGCUUCUUCACCCUCUGUGCCGUGCUCUCACUCUUCCUCCUAAAGCGGGUGCACUCCCUGUACCGCCGGACGGGGGCCAGCUUCCAGCAGGCCCAAGAGGAGUUUUCCCAGGGCAUCUUCAGUAACAGGACCUUCCGCAGCGCCGCCUCAUCUGCUGCCCGAGGAGCCUUCCAGGGGAAUUAGUCCUCCUGACUCUCUUCCUCUGCCCUGGCCUUUUCUCUCACCUGCCUUCUGAGCUGCACUUUCCGUGGGUGCCUUAAGCAGUGGCUAUGCCCAGCACAGACCUGGGGAGGGUCUUGCCCGUGGCUCUUCCUCCUUCCUCAGCAACCAGCUCUCCCUUCCACCCGAGGAAAGUGGCGGGAGGGACAGGGACUGUUUUUUACACAAGAGGAAAAAAAACAGCUGUCUUUCCUUCUCUGGUGGUGGUUUGGUAGGAUUUUUUUGUCUCUCUGGAAGCAGCGGGACUGAAGUUCUCUUCUCCCUACACACAUACACACACAUGUACUCACACACAUACAGACACACAUGUAAACACUUGGGGUCACUGGCAGCCCUGGGCCCACCCCAGCUGGAGUUUUAUUUCUGCUGGAGUCCUGAGAUUCCACUCUUUCCCCAACAGGCCUGGCCUGAAUCUGGUGUCACAGACCCAGCCUGUGGCUCCCACAGUCCUGCCCUUCUUUCCUGCCCAGGCUGGGGUAGCCUCCUAAGGGCUCCCCUUUAGAUGAGUUGCAGUCUGAACUCUGUUCCUCAGAUCACUGGAGUGGUCUCCGGGCUUCCAGAGCCUCUAACCUGGUUGCCCCAGCCUCUUUUCCUGCCUCAUGUUUCUCACAAACAGUUUCAUAGCCCUUUAGGCCCCCUGCACCCUCCCAGUGUGCCCUCUGGGGCCCUUCCCUCUUUAGACUUACUGAACGUGCAAUGGGGUUGGUAGGGAUUUGCGGAUGGAGAGGGAUAGAGGACGCCGACCCAAAGUUGUCUUGGCCAGCCUUUGGCUGUCUUCUAGGAAGGUGGGUUUGACUGUUUGCUUGUGGUUUAUUUGGUCCUGUCUGUUUUGAUUUCUUCUCUUCCAGAGAGAUAGCUGCCCUUUCCCUUGGCCUCAGAUUCUGCCCCCCCCCACCCCUGCCCCCCACCAUCAGCAAUAUCUAGCUUGUAUGACUUAGAGGGAGGGCAGGGGGAAUCAGUUCAGAACUGCAUCCUACAGGCCACCUUUCUGAGGGUUCCAGACUAAUCCUCUAGGGUUCUCCCAUACUCCCAAGUAGAGUCUAGGUCACCUUCCACUAGUCCUGGGGAUUCCCAAGGAGGUGUGUCACUGUGAUGGGUGCUUAGGAGUUCAUGGUUAAAACCUGUACCCUGUCCUCCAGAGGCGGUAGGAGUCGGUGGGUGGACUGAGGGGACUUCUCAAAAAGCUGGCCAACCUGCUACCCAGAGACAGCCCUCAAGCUGCCAGCUUACACAGCCCCAGAGCCACUGAAUGAUAAUGGCAGUGACCAAGGUUUUGUAAACUCCUUUCUGGUAUUUUUUUCUCCGUGUAUAAAUGUAUAUGUUAUGUCUCAAUUUUGUCCUUAAAUAAAAACAAGACAUUUUCAGACAA